UUGGAAAGACGUCUCUGAUCACGAGGUUCAUGUAUGACAGCUUCGACAACACAUACCAGGCAACCAUUGGGAUUGACUUCUUAUCAAAAACCAUGUACUUAGAGGAUCGUACGGUUCGACUGCAGCUGUGGGACACAGCUGGCCAGGAAAGGUUCCGCAGCCUGAUCCCCAGCUAUAUCCGGGACUCCACGGUGGCUGUAGUGGUGUAUGACAUCACAAAUCUCAAUUCCUUCCAGCAGACCUCUAAGUGGAUUGAUGACGUCAGGACAGAGAGGGGCAGUGAUGUCAUCAUCAUGCUGGUGGGCAACAAGACGGACCUGGCAGACAAGAGGCAGAUAACCAUUGAGGAGGGGGAGCAGCGUGCCAAAGAACUGAGCGUCAUGUUCAUUGAGACCAGUGCAAAGACCGGUUACAAUGUGAAGCAGCUCUUCAGACGUGUGGCAUCAGCUCUGCCCGGCAUGGAGAAUGUCCAGGAGAAAAGCAAAGAAGGGAUGAUCGACAUCAAGCUGGACAAACCCCAGGAGCCCCCCGCCAGCGAGGGCGGCUGCUCCUGCUAAUGCAGAGCCAGACCCACGGCGUCCUACACACUACUCGCUUGUUGUGUUGCUUCCUAUUGGUUAGCUUCCUAAUGGGGGUGGGAAACAAGUUUACCAAGAUGGGAGGAUUUUUCUUUUCUCUCUGUCUCUAGGAGUAGGGUGGGGUAGGGAGGGAGGCUGGGCAUCAGGGAUCACAUCACUCUUAACAGCUGUUACUUAAACAACUAUUUUUUGGUUUGGUUGUAAUAUAUUGUACUUUAUUAAGAUUGCCAAAAACUGUUAAAAUUUAAAAAAAAAAUUUAAAUCAUGUGUAUACAACUUUUUGCCAGAUAAAAAUGUAGUCAUUUUUAUUUGAAAGAUGUGCUUUUGUUUUUGUAUAUUUGUAAACUUACAGAGAACCUUUUCCAAACACCCCCUCCUUCCUAUUCUCUUUGAACUGUUCAUCGCCUCUGCCUUCCUCCCAUCCCAGCCCAAUAAAUUAAAGCAAUUAACUGAGCAACAUAAUUAGGUUGCAGGCCAGGCCAUCCGGCCCAGACCACCCAGGCCCCACCAUCCAGGCCCACGAAUGAUUAAAUCAAACACUGGUUGAACAAAACAGCCCCUGGAGAGGUAGCAGCACUCGGGCCUUCCACGGGCAGUGCGGGACAUUGGCAUUAGCGGGGCCCUGAGCUGAAACGAAGGCCUUGCGGAUGGUAGGUGCCCGCAGCAGGCCCCUGGGGGCUGCUUCUGCCUCUCCUUUUCCCCUCUAAGAGCCAUGAAGGGAGUGGAAGGCACAGGCACCUGUGUUCUUGGCGCCUGCCCAGUGACCAGCAGAACAGGGGUCAUAGGAACGAUGGGGUGCUGUUGGCAACUGCAGGCAGUGGUGAUGUGUGGCUUAUAGACUGGGGUACCCCGUGUACUUCCAAGAUGUUCUAACCAACCUGCCCAGUGGGCAGCACACUCAGCUGGUUUGACUCAGAAAUUCAGCGUGUGGCGUGGGGCAGCAUGUCACCCUGAAGUCUUCCACCUGGCAUGUCAGGGGUGCUGGAGCCCGUACCACACGCUGUCAGCCCCUCUGUGGCUGGGGACAGGAGGACUGUCUGCAGAGCUGCCACCUCAAAAGACGCACAUUCUCAGAUCCUUGGUUGCUAAUACUUAGUAGUGUUUUGGAAAAGACCACACUCGGUUUCUCCGUUUCCAGCCAUUGGCAUGGUAUGGUGGAAAUCAUUGUGCAUGGACCUUUGUGGAUAUUGUGGCAGCAUGGUGGGCACCUGGAAGUGGAGCUAAAGUGGGUUUCAGAAGGCUGCAGAGCACUGGGCUCUGUCCCCAGAGAGCCACCUUGCCCCACUGACUUCUGAGAACGGUUUAAUCCUGAGAACCUGUCAAACCCCUGAAGAGAACCUUCUCUUCUACAUAAUACAACUUGGCCGACAUUGCAAAUUGACCCAGAUUCUCUACCCCAGGCCUGUUCAAAGCCUGCCAGGGGGCUGGGACUGACCGAAAACAUACCCCUUCCUACCCAGUUGGUCUUGGUUCUUCCUUCAGUCUGCCAAGGGUACGUCAUACAUGAGCUACAGUAGCUUCUGAGGUGUGGUAGGAUGAGUUCCUCCACAGGGCAAAACUCCAACAAGAUUGUUAGAGAGGAUUUUAGAACUUCUCCAAAAAUAAUCUAAAGUGGCAGCCAGUAAGUGGCAGAACUGAAGUUUGUGCAGUGGGCUUGCCACAUGGCUUCAGCCUGGGAGAUUGUCAGGGCUGAUCUCUAGAAAGGAAUUUGUCUUCAGGUGAAGGGAGGAAGCAGGAAUUCACCUGGCACCUCCUCUGGAAGGCAAGGACCAAUGUAUAAGCGUAAUUUCAAUGUCACGUGUUUAGUUUUUAUAUGUGUGUACAUAAUUAUACAUAGAGAUAGACUUGUGCAUACACCUUCCACAAACACAUCUUCACACAGAGAUACAUGUGCGCAAUGUGUAUUGUCGUCUUUCCUGCUCUCAAGUUGGAACUUGCAUUGUGAAAACAGUUUUGGAAAUUCACAAGUACUGCGAUGUGUUGAAAUAAGAAAUACUCAAUAUUGUCAAAUAAUUUGUGAUUGUCUUGCCAUCAAUAAAGUAAUGCAUAGAUGUGUUAAACUACA